AUGAAGGCGUUGGCUCGGUGUUACGUCUGGUGGCCUAACAUGGACGAUGCCAUCACUGCCUGGGUGUCCGCCUGUCAAGUGUGCCAAGAAUCGAGGCCUGCACCACCGGCAGCUAAGGGACAGACCUGGGAGAUGCCCAAGACACCCUGGUCGAGGGUGCACAUCGAUCUGGCCGGCCCCUUUCACGGCCGGACCUUUAUGGUAGUGGUGGAUGCCUAUUCCAAAUGGCUGGAGGUGGCCCUGAUGCCCUCCACCACUACCGAGGCCGUCAUCCGGGUGCUGCGAGGCCUCUUUGCGACGCCUGGGUGUCCUGAUGUCCUUGUCUCCGAUAACGGACCGCAGUUCCCGUCAGGCACUUUUGAGUGGUAUCUUUUGGGACUGGGCAUCCGCCAUGCCCUAACGGCACCCUUUCAUCCAUCCAGCAACGGGCAAGCGGAGAGAAUGGUGCGCUCGGCAAAAGAGGCACUGGCGCGCCUGGACCGGGGAGACUGGCACGAGCGGGUCGCCGAAUACUUGCUCGUGCAACACAUCACCCCUCAUGCGACCACAGGGCGGAGUCCUGCUGAAUUGCUUAUGGGCCGCCACCUCAGGUCACCGCUCGACCGGCUGCACCCGGACUUUGCCAUGGCCGAACCCCCAGGCUGUGCCAACGCGCCACGGUCAUUUGUUCCAGGAAACCAGGUCUUUGCCCGGAACUAUGUGGAGGACAUUCCUUGGGUGCCAGCCACAGUAGUGGGAGUCACUGGACCUCGCUCGUACCAGGUGGCACUCGAAGACGGACGUUUGUGGCGCCGGCACAUAGACCAGCUUAGGCGCAGGGUUGGGGACUUGGACACUACCGUGGUGCCCCCAACUGCGCUUGUGGCUCCAGAAGAGACACUUACAGAUGGCGAGGCUCCACCUACACCUCCCUCGCAAACUGCCAGCGUGGAGCCGAACCAAGCCGCUUCAGAGGGUCUGCCAGACUUACCACAGACUCAGACCACUCCACUUGCGGAGGCUCCACCCGCAGCAGCAGAUCCAGGGGAUUUGGUUUCAACACCACCCAGGGUUGCACCACAGCCUCAGCAAGAAUUGGGUGGCCCCCCGGACUUGGCUACCAGUCCCCGGCAGCCUGAAAGAGUUUCCAAGCGCCCAACUUAUUUAAAGGACUAUGUUGUUGGACAUGUAUCACUGUUGGUCUAA